AUGUCCGCUGAUCCAGAGGAUAAGGCUCAACAAUCAACCUCGAACGGCAAAGGACCUCAGAAAGACCGUCAUAUUCUCACGUCAGAACAGCGGGCGACCACGAGGAGCGACUUGCCCAUCGAACACCGCUGGAUUUGGGAUGUGGCCUACGAGAAAGGACUGUUCUCUGGGAUACGAGAGGGCGUGGAUGCGACUAUCGAGCAAUACGAGAAGUGCUAUGGACUGGACGAUAGCCGGGAGUGGAUGAUGGUGCAGGCAUUUGAGCAGUUGAGGCGAGGGAGACUAGCCGGAUACGACAGUGAUGAGCUGGAGAUGAAGUCAGAAUAUGACUCCUCCAUUGACGACUCGGAGACCAGUGAUCUUUGCGAUGACCUCCAGAUGCUGGCCAUGGCAGAAUCACCGAUAGAGCCAACAACCGUGGCCCACUACCCGCCCCUCCCCGUUGAAAUUCUUCAGCAAAUCUUCGACCGGACGUUUCCACCCCACUACUUGCUCGAUUGGGAGCAUGCAUUUGGAGAACAUGCAUUUGCCUGCAUGGCGAUCGCCCAUCAGAAGUCGCUUAUGUCCGUCUGCCAAUCGUGGUACAACGUGGUCAAGCCCUACCUCUACGAGCAGAUUCACAUCAGACGCCCGACGCAGCUCUUCAUGCUCCUGGACUCCCUGAAAAGAAACCCGGAAAAUCAACCGUUAGUCAAGGGAAUUUCAGUGAGCUGCGUGGUGGGGGCAGCUUGGGCGGAGAAGUUUUUCAAGACCAUUCAAUCCGUUGUCGAUCGUGCUCCCAAUCUCACGGAUUUCUCGAUGAAAGGAUGGAGUGUAACUGGAGACCCCGACAUUCCGGACGCCUUCCGCUUUCCCGUUUUCAAGCAAGACAAUAUGAGGCUGGGAAUAUCGUAUUUUACUACGCUCGACUCGCGGCUCAACCACACCCAGCCUCAAGAUUUCCCUCAUGGAGGUUUUGACAGGUUAACGCGAUUGUCCCUCAAUGUGGAUUACGACAAAUACUUCACAGACAGUCAGAAUCAAGCUCUUGAUCUGGACCUACCUGUCUUAGAAACUCUGGACCUUCACCACUACUUGGAGUUCACCGGACUCCGAGGAACCUGGAAGAUGCCUCGUCUAAAGAACUUCUCAAUCGAUUGGAGCGAUCCACAUGCCCUCAUUGGCUUUCUCCACGACCACGGUCGCGGCCUACGACGACUAGAGCUCGCGUUUACUCUUGCCCUUGAACUUAAUCUACAUCUACUUUGCCCCUCCCUUGAACAUUUAGUUGUUCGUCAGGGUUCCCCGAGCAACGUACCACUCGCGCACCCGACCAUCAGGUGGAUCGAUGUCUGGUUACGUUACUCUUCGUUUCCUACAAGCGAGCAGUACCUGCGAUUGCGAGCCCUCCAGCACGCCAAUGCCCGCGAGUCCUUGCCAUCUUUCCUUGGCCUUCGGUUUUUCCACUCGCAGUUGCUUCACCUCCCAGACCUUCCUCACCGACUUCCACCUUGGUCUGUCACCUCAGCUCGCGAUUCGUACGAGAUUCGUUUCGCAGAUUUCUUUAUUCGGCACGAAGAAGGAAGAGUGUUUGGCACAGCCGCGGUGCCGGAGAAUGAGAGCCCGGGCGGCCAGGACGCGACGUGGAAAUAUGCGAGUUCCUCAGGGUAUUAUGAGAGCAGCGAGGGGAGCUCGAGCGAGGCAUGGUCUUCAGAGCCAGAAUCGGAUGGGGGCAAAGAGUUCUUCUCUGGCUUUGACUCCGAAUAA